UCAGAUAAAUGCUGCUGUCUUAUGCAACAUUGUUAUCAGAAGGAAGCGCUUACUGACUCUCCCACGAAGUUCCUGUGGCUCCACUAAAGUGUCCGCAUGCUCUCAUGAUGACACAGUACAGCCUCUGUAAUGUUUGUAGUCAUGCAUUGGCCUUAGUGGUGGAAAAAAAACAACUUUUAUUGUUAAAAUAAACCUCUUAGCCAGACUUUUCCCUGAGACUAUCAAAUCAGUAAACAAGGCCGGCCAUUUAUAAGACGGAUUGGAAAUGGGGAUGUUCUUUGCCUUGUUCAUGUUACACUCGUCAUUUCCUCCUCACUUCCGUGUGAUCUGCUGCGUGUGAAGCCCUCCGAGGCCCAGCACAGAGAAGGCAAACAAGAGAAGGGCUGAACAGGGGUGUGGUGAAAAAGGAGAAUGCUCUAGCUGGCUGAGUACAAAAUACCUUGGGCGUGGCUUUUUUAAUUCUUUCCUUAUGCUCCCAAAGGAUCACAGAAAAAGCAGGAAAAGGCAGCGGUAAGAGAGGAGCAGGCUUUGUUACAGUCAAGAAUUUCCACCGUCUCAUGUGUAGAAGGCACAAGAAGGUGGACACUCUCAGACAUGGCGACUCUCAGCAGUACUAAUGAGGAGACUUUGAAGGAGGGUCAGCACAGUGCAGAUGUAGAGAAGGAACCGAGGGAUCCUACCAUCGAAGUGUCUGAGACCCUGCAACCCCAAGAUGUGCUGUGUGACUCCUGCAUGGACAGCCCCAGCAAGGCCUUCAAAUCCUGCCUGACAUGUCUGGUGUCUUACUGCGAGGCACACCUGAGGCCACAUCUGGAGAACGCCAAAUUUCAAAACCAUCGUCUGGUUGACCCCCUCCACGACAUCGACUGCAGGACAUGCGAGGUUCAUCAUCUUCCGGUCGAGCGCUUUUGUCUGACGGACGGCUGCUGUGUGUGUCCAGAUUGCGAGACACAGGAGCAUCAGGGUCACACGGCUGCAUCUGUAGGGGAGGCACGCACGCAGAUUGAGGCGGAGCUGCAGAAGAAGCAAGAACAGAUCACUCAGGGUGCUGAAGCAGCUGAGAAAGCCAUUGAAAAGCUGCAAAGCAACAACGACCUGAUCAAAUCUUCAGUGCAGGAGGUUUGUGUUACUGUUGAGGAGCAGUUCAAAAAGCUGCAGACGACCGUGGAUGAGGCCAGAAAGGGGGCGGUGGAGGUGCUGGACGGAGAGAAGAGAAAGGCACUCAAGCAGGCGGAGGGCAUCCAGGCACAUCUGGAGCAGAGGAGAACAGAGCUGAUGAAAACUGUUGCUCAAAUGAACAAACUGUCCAAGUGCAAGUCUGAUGUUGACUUCCUGCAGGAGUACUCGGAGUGGAAGAAAGGAGAGGCAGAUGUAUGUCUUCCAACGACAUACAUCAACCGCAUGGACCAUUUGACCACUUAUACUCAAGUAGUGACUGAUGUAACACAGGAGUUCUGUGACCUGAUUCUGUCGUCCUACAAGGAAAAACUGAACCUGGUGUGGAAAAGUUGUGCUAAAUCCCAGAUGCCAGAACCUCCAGCUUCAUCCCUGCCCGAUCCUGAGACACGUGAUGACUUUUUAAAAUACACAAGGAGUUUGACCUUUGAUCCAGACACCACUCAUAACUUCCUUCGUGUAAAGGAAGACAACAGGAAGCUGUCCAACUCCAGCCCCUGGCAGCACAGCUACCCUGAUCACCCUUCUCGCUUCGAGUACUGGCGACAGGCGAUGACUGUGGAGAGUCUUUACCUGGGGAGGCACUACAUCGAAGCAGAGCUGAGCGGGGAAGGCGCACACCUAGGGGUCACGUACAAGAGCAUCGAUCGUAAGGGAGAGCAAAGCACGAGCUGCAUCACUGGGAAUUACUUUUCCUGGUGUGUUGGAAGGAACAGCAGAGGUUUCUUCGCCUGGCAUGAUGGCGUGGAGACUGGCUUGGAAGUCUCUAAUAUCACCAAAGUUGGGGUAUACAUUGAUUUUCCCAAAGGCACCGUGUCUUUCUAUGAUGUCACUGGUCCUAUGAGGCUUCUCCACAAGUGCGUGGCUAACUUCAUCGAGCCUUUAUAUGUCAUCACCUGGCUGUCAAAAAAAGACAACGUGGUUUCUCUGCUUGAUGCAAAAUGAUACUUUUGUUACAUUUUUCUUACAUAUCCGUAAUACAAUCUGUUCUCUCUGGUGAUCUUGAAAAAAUGGUUAUGGUUAAAUAAUAAGGUAGAAAAGUGAAGGCACAUAUGCAGAAUUUUUUUAACAUGCAUGUUAAAUGUACUACCAUCGAGUGGUAACUGCAGUAUAAACCAUGUGUAGCUGCAGGUGUUUACUGCAGCUUUAUUGCAACUUUAUAGCUCUUGAAUGGGAUGUGAAUGAGGAAAAAGGUACACAAAUGUCAGCUGGUAAUACUUUUAUUUGUCUAAAGUCCAUUGGGUUGUAAAGGUUUAUUUGCAUUGCUGAACUAUUAUAUAACUACAGGAGGAGGGCUUGUUGUUUUACAGGGUCCAUAGAAUCUUUGAGUUGAAAUUUUAGGAAUCAUUUAAAAAAAACAAAAAAACAUUAAAAUCACAUUCAUUUCAGGCAUUAAAAUCAGUUUCAUUAUCAUCAUAAACUGGAUUCACAAAGUGCACACCUGUCUGGGUCAUCGAGAUUGAAGAAUUGGUUUCAUUACCAUACAGAGCAGGGAUAUCAGGCAUCAUGUUAGGCCUGUCAAACAUGGGAUUGUCAUAGCCAUGGUCAAGAGUCCCGCCAAGGUCCCCAAUGUCACUGUGUCUUUUAAAUCUGCUCAGAGAUGGCAGUGAAGGCAGUGAAGGCAUCGAAGGCAUUGAAGGCAUCGAAGGCAUCGAAGGCAUUGAUGGCAUUUGAACAAAACCUUUACGAACAAGGACUACCAAUGUACCAACCAGGGUGAUCAAAAUUAAAACUCCAAUCACAGCUCCAACAAUAACCCCAGCAUUGCUUCCAGACUGAUCACUGCUGCCCCCAGAGGAGGCUUGAAAUUCAGCCUCAGUGAUUCCCAAGUUAGAGCCAUGAGAACGAGCAUCUUUCACUAUGUCCCAGGCCAAAUUUUCUGCCUGUGUUCCUUUCUCUCCAUCCAGGAUAACUACCUGGAUCUCAGGGGUGGUACCAAAAGGGACAAUCCCCAUCAGUCGCUGUGGUUUGGCGACUUUAGACAUGCCCAGCUGGAUGGAUUUGUAUUUUGGCAGCAUAAGAAAAAGGUGA